AUCGCUGUAUCAGAGUUUGGACAACCGAAGCUAAAAAUGUGGUGUGAAAUGUGAAUUCUGCAGCCUGAAGGCACUGACAGGGCAGUCAGGCACGGUAUUAAAAAUCCCAUAAAUUCCUUCCAUCAUACAGCAGUAAGACUGUAAUAAGACUUAAGAGCACUGCUUCAUUCUAAACUUUACGGCAUUAUUGUUUAAAGUUCACUUGUUCUAAUCCGAGAUACAACGAAGAAUCUUCUAUUUAAGUCUACAAUUUAUCUACUUACCGCCUUGUGUCUACAAUCAACGCAAUGGGAUGCACUGUCAUGCACAUGAGUGAAGCUUUAUGAUUAUUUUAUCGGUGAAGGCAAAGUCGGUAUCUGAACUAUCUUCUGUGGUUUUCAAAGCUCUUCUUCGUGUUCUGUGCUGAGACUGUAAAACCUGCUGCAGUAAGUUAACCUUGUUUGCGAGAUCCAUUAAGGAGUUUCCCUUGCGAGAAUACACCUUGCCGUGUGGCAAUCAUUCUGACGGUGAUACAGCGCAGCAAUCAUGGGAAACGAAGCAUCCCUGCAGCUGGAGAUGUGCAGUACUUUUGACGCCGAGGAAAUCCGACGUCUCGGGAAGCGUUUCAAAAAGCUGGAUCUCGAUAAUAAUGGUUCACUGAGUGUGGAUGAAUUUAUGUCCCUGCCGGAGCUGCAGCAGAACCCUCUAGUCCAGAGAGUGAUAGAUAUCUUCGAUACGGAUCUGAACGGUGAAGUGGACUUUAAGGAAUUCAUCCAGGGUGUCUCGCAGUUCAGCGUCAAAGGCGAUAAGGAAUCCAAACUGCGUUUCGCCUUCUCCAUCUACGAUAUCGAUCGUGAUGGCUUCAUCGCCAACGGGGAGCUCUUCCAAGUCCUCAAAAUGAUGGUGGGCAACAAUCUGAAGGAUCAGCAACUUCAGCAGAUUGUCGACAAGACCAUCAUGUAUGCCGAUAAGGAUGGGGAUGGGAAGAUCUCCUUCGAGGAGUUUUGUGCCGUAGUGGGGCACACGGAUGUACACAAGAAGAUGGUGGUGGAUAUCAUUUAAGAAGGGUCCCGUUCGGGGAAGAGUAACGAAACAGGAAAGCAUACUCCCCUGCCACCAAUCAUUACGUCACAUUUCCCCUGGAUACGAGCAAACCGGUUUCGACGGAGAAGGCUCAAAUUAUUUUUAUGAAGCCUUUAAGUUCGACGUAUACCAUGUCGAUUACUUUCAGAUAGAUAGAAUAAUAAAUGAAAAUAUGAUUGUGUCAUAUUAGUUUCCCGUGAUUUAAUUGGUCAUAAUCGGUUGAUUUGUUUCAGACUGUAAAAACCUGUAACUCAUUUUUCUGAGGGGAGUUGGUUAAAUUUGUACGAGACGUUUUGAUAGCUUUUAAUCACUUCUUUUUAUGUAAGUGUUUUUGUCUUAGUCCUUGGGCUUUGUCUGUCAUAUCUCGCUUGGGUUAUUAGUGACUCGUAGAUAUUUGAGUUGUCUGUGGAUGCUGAAAAAGUUUUCUUGUAACCACUAGCCAGCAAACAAUUAAAUUUUUAACAAGUA